AUGACAUCGCUUGCAUACGCACAAUACACUGUCGACUCUGCUCCCAUCGAGGCUCUAAGUGAACCUCCUUCAAACCACUCUAUCUCCCCACCUCUUUCAACUACGUCAUCCGACAACGAUAUACCUACUCGCGGUCGCUUAGACGCCACCAGACCUAAACUUGGAAGUCGUAAAAGCAGCGGCACCAUGAUUAUCCCUAGAGACAGCCCGCGUGUCGAGAUGGCACCUGGCGAAGAAGAAUACGAGCCUGAUGAUGUUCGAAGCAUGAGCCCCAGACGAACGAGCGAAGUCAUCGAGAAGCUGGGCGAGGAUGCUCGACGGAAUCUCAUCGAGCAAGCACAAGCACUCAGAGCAAGUCUCAUGGCAAUUGUCGACCGUGUCGAAGCUGUCAAGAUUGAGCACGAAAAGCUCGAAGGCGGCAACAAAUUCCUCCAAUCGUACAUUGGCGAAUUAAUACAGACCAGCAAAAUCACAUCAGCGGCUCCACCUAAAAAGGGCAAGAGUCGCAAUGUGAAGUAA